AUGACCUAUCCUCUAUUACAUCCAAGAGGUGAAGCAGGAUGGCAGUCUAGAACACCACAUCAAUAUAGAAGAGGCUAUAUAUCGUUACUGGAAUAUUAUAGUUUCAGAAUAGCUGUUCGACCAAAUACCUUCAACCAAUUUGUAAUGGCAGGCAAGCUAACACAACAGUACAUCGUAGAUGCAUACGUAAAAAUCGAACAAAGUCGACUACAAUUUAUUACUGAAAAUCAACCACGUAUUAGGCAAGAAAUAUUUCAAGGAUUAAUCGACUAUUUAGACUCUAGACAAUUAGAUGUUCAUUAUCAACCAGGAAAUAUUUUCAUCCUACCGUCGACAUUCAUAGGAAGUCCACGCGCAUUUAGACAAAACUAUUUGGAUGCCAUGUCUAUAGUCACAAAAUACGGGAAACCAGAUAUUUUCCUAACAUUUACUUGCAAUCCUGCAUGGCCUGAAAUCAGGAAAUAA